CCGUCGGGCUCUGCCACAGUAACUAACUCCCGUCAGUCUGUAUAUUCGUUCCAAAUUCCAAACGCCUAGCCAUCGUGGGAGUUGAAUUCCUCUCAUCUUUCGCUGGCGGCCUCUCGCAGCUGAAGCUUCCUCUUCCAAGCCAACCUUAAAUGGCGGAAAUCGAUAACCCAAAAGCCCUAACCCUAUCCGAGUGUAAUUUGUCAAAACAGCAAUAUUUGUUGAAAGAGAAAGAGGAGAAGCUGGAUAAGGGUAUGCAAUCUUCAAAUGCCACUUCUGUGGAAUUUACUACUCCAAAAACUGAGGGAAAUCUGGUUGUUGAAGAAACACCAGAGAUUAAGCUUGAGACAGCACCUGCAGAUUUCCGUUUUCCAACUACAAAUCAAACUAGACACUGCUUUACCAGAUACAUAGAGUAUCAUCGUUGUGAAGCUGCAAAGGGAGAAGGAGCUCCUGAGUGUGACAAGUUCGCAAAAUAUUACCGGGCUCUUUGCCCUGGUGAAUGGAUAGACAGAUGGAAUGAGCAGAGGGAGAAUGGCAUCUUUCCUGGUCCAUUGUAGGCUUUGCCACCCAGAGAGCCUAAUAAAAUCUGGUGCUGCCGCUGAUUCUGUCUCUGUCCUUGGAUCUGCCAGAUAAUUUCUUGAAAUGAACUAGUGAACAACCCCAUACAAAUCUGUCCUUGGAUCUACAAAAUUUUUAUUUUUGUAGUUAAUAAGAAAAACAUUGGCUUGUCUUCUAGAACUACUUUGUGUCCAGAUACAAAUCUGCUGCUAGUCUUCAUAUUGAUGGAACAUUAUUCUCAACAUUUUUUCUUUUUGAGAAGACACCAAAAUAUUUGAAAAAACAAAAAUACCCUUCAUCUUCCUUGGAAACUCUACCUCUAGCAAUGGUUUUCUCUCUUGAAGAAGAGUAUGUUUAUCUUUUCUUAUUAUUUUUUGAUGUUUUAUAGUCACAAUUCUUUUUCUUUUUCCUUUAUUUUCUUUGGUUGUUAUGUGGCUGACAGGUCAAUGAAAAAGCAUAAAUAAACCUGGGAUGUGGAAUCAGUUUUCUC